AUGCGGGAUCUACCUACGAAUGCCAGUGAACUAGCAGUUAGGGAGUUCCCCGAAAGUACCUUCCGUUCGGGUCGUUUUUUUGGUUUUGUGGACGGGCAUGGAGAGAUUGUUUGCUCAACAAGCGGUUUUCGCUAUAUUUUUGGUCCAGAAGCAAUCGAUUUGGGACCGUGCUGUGAUCCGUGCGAUGAAAACUGGCAACGAAUCCUAAAACAUGGAGAUAUUCUGAUGUUUCACGAAGGAUUUGAAUUCGUCUCCGAAAAUGGUCUUACGCGAACAGCGAGACGAGUAAUAAUUCCCGAAUCAUGCGAUGUUUGUUCUAAUUUUCUUGGUGUUGUUUUACGCGAGUAUCAUCCCAGUUCACGCAAGCGCCUUACUGCUGCAUUCUUCUGUCCUCCAUUUGGUAUUCUUACAUUGCACAAGCAUGCUUUUGGUUACAAUUCUGAUAAUAUCUGGCCGCCAAGGGUUGGCGCACGAUAUUGGGUUAAAUUGGAAGAGGUUAGUUUAUCAAGUAUCGCUUUAUUUUAGUU